AUGAUACUCACAAACUUACUUGCAUUGCUCCAAUUGGUGAUAGUAUGUGAGGCAUUCCGAACGCAGAGUGUGGCGGUGAAAGGACGAUUGAUGUGCGGCAGUCAACCAGCAGCAAACGUGCGUGUCAAACUGCUCGACGAAGAUCAAGGUGAUCCGGACGACGUAAUGGACCAAAUGGACACGCAGUCCGAUGGCCACUUCAGCCUCAGCGGCUCAGCAUCCGAAUUGACACCGAUCGACCCCGAAGUGCGUAUUUAUCACGACUGCAAUGAUCAUGGAAAGCCAUGCCAACGUGAAUGGAUCAUCAGAAUCCCGAGCAACUA